AUGGAGAGCUCAGAAGGGGUCAAUGACUUGGAUUAUGACCUGCUUGAGGUUAUUGGGCAUGGAUCUUUUGGUUUAAUUCGUAAGGUUAGAAGAAGAUCAGAUGGAAUGGUUUUUGCACGAAAGGAGAUCCACUAUAAGAAGAUGGAAGAGAGAGAACGGAAGCAGUUAGCUUCAGAAGUGCAUAUUCUUUCGAAUCUACGACAUCCACAUAUUGUACGAUAUUUUGGAAGAAGUAUUGAUCGUGCAAAUCAUACGAUCCAUUUAUAUAUGGAAUUUUGCGGGAAUGGAGAUUUGGGAAGCCUUAUUAAAGAAUGUCAACAAGAAAAUUCAAUAAUACCUGAGAAUAUUUUAUGGAGUAUUUUUGUUCAGUUGACAUUGGCUUUAUAUCGAUGUCAUUUUGGGAUGGAUGCACCAUCGUCGGAUAUUUUAGUUUCGUCUCCUCCAUCACCGCCAUCAUCAGUUGUUGUACUUCAUCGUGAUAUUAAACCGGAUAAUAUUUUUCGUGAUGGUGAAAUUUAUGUUAAAUUGGGUGAUUUUGGACUUUCAAGGAUUUUAGAUGAUCCAUCUAGAACUUUUGCGCAAACAUAUGUUGGAACUCCUUACUAUAUGUCUCCAGAAAUUAUUAAUCAUGAACCAUAUACUGCAAAAUCUGAUAUUUGGGCACUUGGAUGCACAAUGUAUGAAAUGUGUACGAAAUUGCCGCCUUUUAGAGCAAUGACUCAACCUGAAUUAAAUCACAAGAUACGAAGAGGAAUAUUUCCUCCAAUUCCUGGCUUAUAUUCUAUGACUCUUAGAGAUACAAUAAGAUGGUGUCUUGCUGUUGAUCCAAAAAGAAGGCCAAUGGCUUCUGAUUUAUUAAUGAUUGAUAUGUUUCGGGCAUACCGUAAAGAAUUGGAAAUUUUAGAACUUCGUAGAGAAUUGAAGGUUAGAGAAAAUAACUUGUUAAAGAGAGAAGCAAGUGUUUUGGCGAAAGAAGAAGAGCUUAAAAAUAAGGAAAGAAUAUUAUAUGAAAAAGAAAUAAAUCUAGGAAAGGCUAUACAGGCCCAUGUUUGUCGAUCACAGACGGAAAUUGAUCGACUUUAUUCUAAAACACAAGAAUUGGGACAUUCUGGAGAACGAACUACGGGUAGACCAUCUACAGUAUUGUCCACACAUACAAUUGCAUCUCUUCAUUGCUCAUCUUCUGUUAAAGAUAAACGUCAUGUAACUAUUGAUAAUAAUUUAUCUAAAUUAUCACCGACUCAUUUUUCUCCGGGAGAAAGAAGACAAAUAACAAUAUCGAGUAUACCUAUUCGUCAGCCACUGCAGGAAAACACGUCAAAGUUAUCCAAUACUACUUCAAAUAAAACUCCUGUUACUCCUAAUCGAUUAAGAGUUUCUCCAAGUCACAGGAAAACUCUUGAUUCCCCACUUCAUAGUCAAGGGCUAUUAAGAGCUGAAAUAAAUACUGAAACUAUUGGAAAUCUUCGAAAUCCACGACCAACUGUCAUGGAAAUGUGGAAAAAAAAUGUUUGGGAAGAUGGAGAUGAGCUCCCAAGUCCCUUUUUACGAAAGAAUGUCACUAUAUCCAAUUGAUGAUAAAAAUAUUAUAUGAAAUUUUAAUUAAUUCAUUAUUGUAAUUUAAUAGAGUUUCCCUGCUUCCUUGGUUAUGUUCAAGU